UUUCAUGCCGACUUUAACCUCGGUCAGUAUUCACUACAGAAUGUGAAAGUAAAAGCUGUAGGUAUCUGACGCUGCAUUAACAGAGCAUAAGACGAGAGAAGAAUUUCAACGUAAUAUGCUGAUAAUGGUAUAACGAUUUUAAUUUAUCCCAUAUCCCAUUGCUAAAGCAAUGUCUGUCCAUAUUAGGGAUUUUCUGGAAAAAGGUUUAAUACUUCUAUGGGUCCCACUUGUGGACUUUCUGUGCGAGGGCGCCCUCUGGUGUUGAAUAUGAAUGAAACAAAUUACAUGAGAGAAUUUAGCGCUCCAUAAUCACCCUAUUUUAGAUAAAAACACAACAAAAAUAUUCCUCUCUAAAAGUUUAUCGGAAUGAGCACUUUUUUUACUAAAAACCUCAAGGGAUGUAACAAAACACAGAAAGCGUCAGCAGUUGAGACUAGCAAAAUAAUGAUUGUGUUGGAAAAAAAUAGCAAGGAGACAUUUUAAUUAUUUAUUAAUAAACUAGUGUUUUUCCAGUCGGUAUCAGCUGCAAAGAUGACGUAUACACAAUAUAUACACAGGCUAACAAGGUAACAAGGGGGCGUGGUAAAUUGUCAUGGGAAAACACAAGGGUAACCAAGGGAACUAACAAGACACACUUGGGGAAGCUAAUCAACAUGAAAAACCAUGAAGAACUACAAAACAUGGCACAAGAAAUAACAAAAGUCCUCCCACAAGACGGGAACACAGGCUGAGAUCGUGAUAAUGUCUGUUGAAAAGUUCCUGCUCCUAUUGUAGAUUGAAGGGGUAUCUCAUAUUGAACCCGUUGAAGCUCUUUCCAUUUUGCACUGUAUUCAUCAUAAAACCAGCAGACUAAAUGUCUUGGUUGUGCUGCCUUAUAGUAUUCUUCUGAUGAUGGAAAACCAUUAACAGCUUAAUCCUUAGGCAACUGUGUAGCGUUAGGUCAAGGUCUGGGUCAUGUGUCUUUCCAAACAAACCCAAAGAGCAAUCUCGUCCACUCAUCAAAGAUUUUUGGUUGUUUGUUUGAUAUCUCUACAGUGGCAUGAAAAAGUUUGGACAGCGCUGGUCAAAAAUUGUUUAGUGAGUAGAAGAUUAACUCCAAAAUGCAUGAAGUUAAAGAAGGAACAUUCUUUUGAAAAAUGUUACGCAAGAAUAGUGUUUUUUUUUUUUUGUGCGGUUGGCUCUGAGAUAACUUUUACCAAGGUCUCAGAACUCAAUUAGCUUGUUACAGCUAUGGCUUGUUCAAAAUGAUUGUUAUGAAAGACCAGGUGGAGCAAAUUUCAAAGCUUUAUAAGUGUUCUGACACCUCAAAUCCUGUCCCAGCAAUCAGCAGUCAUGGGGGAUGAAGUUAGCUGUCAUGAUAGACUGAGCCACAUUGUCACACAAUUUGAAUGUUUUGAAUUGCCAUGAUUUCCAGAUGACCACUAGGAGUCACUGUGUGCAUUUCACGUUUCCACAAACUCUCUUAUGAAACUUUGCCCCGUUUUUUUUUUUUUUUUUGUUUACCCUGUCUUCUUCUUUUUGUCAUGUGAUUCAUUAGCUUUAGUAUAAAUAAUUGGUUGGUUCUAGUCUUUGUCUGGUGUCUGACCUCUAUGAUCGUGUUUUCUGGUUAAGGUGUCAUGGUUACUGUAAAGAUUUUCCCCACUAUCCUUUGUCUGCUUCAAUACAGCUGUUUCGGCUCAGACAUGAACUGUAACCAUGGAGAAUGUAACCCCAUUGUGGACACCACACAAGUAUUCUGCGAGUGCCGUAAGACGUUCCGCGGUCCAGCAUGUAUUAACUAUGCAGAUCUUGAAAGUAAAAUCAAUGGCAUGAUCUAUAAACCAGUCCCUGAUCUGGCAGCAAUUUAUUUUAGUGUCAAGGAGUUGAAGGACUUUACUAAAGAAAUAGUUGAGUCUGUCCAACAUGACAUCAAGUGGACUCAAGUCUUUGUGAAAUACAGCAAUGUGACUGAGAAGUUUCGAAACAUCAGCACACUGCAUACGCAACUUAAAAACAGUACAAUAACCGAACGUCAAUAUGUUUCUGUAGUUGGAGCUCAGUUCACAGGAGGAAACUCUUUUAAAUUUUAUCUCACAGACUUUCACCACAUGAUGAUGGGCACUGGAGACAAACACAACAUUCUCGAUAUUUUUCGCAAUUCGCUGGUCCAGGACUCACAAAGUCAGUCUGGUGAGCCAAUAGAGUGCACAAAAUACUACAGUGAACAGAUUGAUUAUUUUGUGCACUACAUGUUUGCCUUUGAAAAAGAAGCUGUUUUAGCUUGGUCGAAGUAUCUACUGAUCACUGGAAAAUCAGAGAACGUUGAUUUUCUUGAGAAGUUUUUUCAGGACUAUGUCUCAAAGCAAUGGAGACUCUUCAAUAAAAAUGGAUGUGGCCCUCUAAAUGCUGGGGAUCUUCAGAACAACCACUGCAAGGAGCGCUACUACAGCACAGCCGGGCUGCAGGUUAAAAUGAAAUGUAGUGGAUUAUACAAGCCCUUCCCCGAGAUUGUGGAGUGCUCUGGAGGGAAGUGGAGUGCCCUACCUGUGUGUUACGAUGAGCAGGUAAACGGGCCAAUCAAGUGCAAAUCUGAAGGUGAAGCCACUGUCUGCAAGCUCUUGUGCUCACCUGGGCAGGGGCUCCGCCACACACCCUCAGCCAGCUGAGUACAAGUGCUCACAGUCGCCCUGUCCAUCGUUCAUACCACCCAACUUUAACAAGUGCACACAAAGCAGCGUUUGUAAGGAUAAUGAGGUCUGCACUGGCACCUUCGGCACAUGUUGUGAUGCAUGCCUGGUUAAACCCUGUGGUGUGAACGCCAAAUGCUCCUCCGCCAAUCACGGCAGGACCUGCACCUGUGAGAGCCCGUGGAAAGGAGACCCAAACCAGGGUUGCAGGAGUCAGGACCUCCAGUGGAUUCAGACCAGAGAAGUACCCAGCAAUGCUGUUCUUUCUAAAACCCAACUUGCGGUGUGCAAAGCCAUCGCAUCUGAUGGUGGGUGGCACAGUGGAUUUGUAAAGGAUUAUCGCUGCAAUUAUGAAUAUGACUCGAGCAGUCAUCAGGCCACUAGAUAUGAGGUUCUGGUUGAUCCUUGUGGAAGACGUGGUUGGAAAUGGAUGGAGGGGGAACAGGGGAACAUGGUCUCGUAUGACGAAUCAAAGAGGUUUCCAGGAGUUAUAUACUAUGUGUGUAGUGAGAAGAGUUCUGGCCUUGUAGGGAAGCUUUUCAGAACGCGAAAUGGCUUUAUGUGCCAUAUUGCCAGGAGCGGAGAUAAAAGGGAUGGAAAUUUCUAUUCUCUGGUUCAACAACCAUGUAUCUGAAGACACUUCACCAUGAUUCACUGUACAGUUUUUCUAGUUCAUUUUUCAGCUUUAAAUUGGUGGAGGUGCUGUAUUCAUCUUUCGAAAGACAGACUGUAAAGGAGUAGCCAACUCUCGCAAAACAUUUAUGCAAGUGCUAUAAACGUGUUUAGUUAUUGUUCGUAAUUUUAUUCAGUUGUUGACAUCUUUUAAAGGACUAAAAUAUGUAGUAAAAAGUAUUAAUUUGAUGAGGGAGUGCAUAUGUUAUGUGCAGGUGGAGUAAAAUCCAGUCAUCUCUGCACACUCAAUACUAUGAACUCUGCUGCCAUCAUGAUGUAAUAUUUGACAGUGUGCAAAUUCAAAUGACAAAUAAAUGUUUCAAUGAAUGUUA